AUGGACUCUGCGAGUCGGCCUGCUUUUGAAGGGCUUCCCACGGCGAUUCCCAACGAUACCAACUUCCAAAACACCCCAACUUCAGCCACUUUGGCCCAGCCUAACACCCAAGACGUAAUGGACAUCAUUCCUGACGUGCCGCGUCCGACAUAUCAUCAAGAAGUCCCUACGGUCGCGAGUCUGUCUGGGGCUCCAAACACCUUCUCAGCCAAUGCUGCCUCAAACCAAACAGAUUCUUUCACUUCACAGCAAACACCACCGAGAACCUACUUCUCAUACUUGAGCAAUGGCGUCAUAACAAUGCCCCGUUACACGCCGAACCAGUACUACGGGGAGCCGAGCAAUAUCGGUCAUCAACUGGAUUAUAUUCCUGGUGGAGAUCGAGGUCGCUCAUUCGCAUACCCUCAUACACGAACUCUCUCACUUCCACAGAAUCAACACAGCGGCCUUCCUGCCUACCCCCAGCGAGACCCGCGUUCAAGCAACACCCGACCAGCAAUGUCCAUGACGACGCCGGAAUCAGUAUCUGCCAUCUCACCGAACGACGCGUCACCGAACAACGCCGAUUCGACAUCAUCCACUGCAGUGGUUCCGCCAACACUUCGACCUCGAGGUUACGUGCCCCCAUCAGCGAGGACCCAGCAAGGAACACAGCACCCAGCCCAUACUGCUGCUUCUCCAGGGCCAACGUCGUCAAGUUAUCAUCAGCAGUCGCAAGCUCAACAACAUUCGCAUGCAUCUGGUCCAUUCUCUCAUAUGCCGCCCUAUCUUGAAGAACAUGACAAUGGCGCCUAUAGUGCUUCACUAGCUACAACGCCUGCCCAGUCAUCGUCGGCCAACUUUGUAGCAACUGGCACGCCGUCUUCACGCUCGAUGAAUGCGGGAACCCCCAGAUAUGGGCGCCCUCUUCCGCAGCGGCUAGAGCUUGCUCGGCGAGCACAUUUCCACGCCCAUCCACACAACCAGCAGGCUGCGCAGGCCAUCGUGGAGGCUCAUAUGCAGCUGCAACGCCAGCGCUUGCUCCGUCAGCGCCAGGGGCUUGGUACCAACCCCACGAAGCCAUCCGCAAGUCUUGACAAUGCGAAAGACGGCCGCCCCGAACCAAAAGAGGCGCACGAAAUGCGAGUAUCACUCGAAUGCAAGGUUUGCUUCACCCAACUCGUUGAUACGGUACUGCUUCCUUGCGGCCAUGCUGUCCUCUGUCGAUGGUGUGCCGAGAUCCAAAUUCCAAGCAGCGUCCUGGAACGAGGCGUGCUUGGGGGUCAGCCCCCGUGUGUGAUAUGCCGAGCGCCUGUGAGGCAAAAGAUGCGGAUCUUCCUUUCUUAA